UUGAAUCUGCGCAAAUGACGAGGCGCUGGGUUAGAUAAAAUGUUCAAUGUGAAUACGAUAAUUCAAACUCAACAAACUGCAGCGAGCACAAGUACACUUAAUAAUACGGCAAACGAAAAUAGUUCGGGUGAACGCCAUAGUCAAUUCCACGACCAGACAUUAGUGCAACAAUUUUGUCGUGCAACGCACCUAGGAAAAUUGAUUGAAGGCACUGUGAACAGCUUCUUGUGCAACUAUAGGCGCACGCGCAAGCCUGAGGAGGCACUGGCGCCGAUUGUGCUGCGCCUGGACUUCCACUACGCUGAGCUAGUGAGUCACGCACCGCAGCUGCUGCACCUGGCCGUCGAAGAGCCUCUGCAGUUUGCCGAGGCGGUCAAGUACUCGGUGUACGGACAGGUGCGCGACUUGCUGAAAUUAAACGCGAACUCCAACGAAAGUUCCCUCAAGGCAAUCGAUAUCGCUCAGCUGCACACGCAGUGGCGACUGCUGGGCUUGCCACUACAGCCGAAUCUAGUGUUUGAUCCUUCUCAGUGGCUGUACCCGCUGGGCCUGGCCCUGGUGGACGGCAUCUUGUCCGCAUAUACACUGCCGGAGAUAUUGGUACUGCAAUCGAUUUGGUACUGCGCCAGUGGUUGUAUGAGGAAUGCCAUUCAAACCAGCUCCACGGACGCGCCGUUGUGCCCAAACUGCUCGCGUCCUAUGAGUGAAUACCAAAAGCUGCGCGUAACUGAGAAUUACCGUUUGCUGGCCAUCCUACCGAGCGCCUGUGCGCAGACUCCUCGAACUGUGAAUCGCAUUUACCGGCCGAUUCUUGUGCGUUUGCGUGCUCAUACGUACGAUUGUGAUUUGAAGUUGGGCGCCAAUUACCUGGUCACGGGCUACUACUGCGGCACAGCUAGCACUUAUCAGUUCGAGGCAUGCCAUCUAAAAAGAGCUUGACUCGUCAUCAGCCAGUGCA